AUGGGACGACGACGCUCCAAGUGGAAGGGCAACAAGCGCCUGGAUCGUGGCAGUCAAUUGUUGCAUCUUGCCAAGGCCGGAGAUUGUUUCCUGCAGCUCACACAGGACCACAAUGGCUCGACGGCGUUGCACCUCGCGGCCAGUGAAGGACAGUGCGAGGUGGUGCAAUUGCUGCUGCAACUCGGGGCCGGCGAGGUUCAUUUAGCUGGUGGUCGAAAGAAAUAUGCACGUACGCCGUUGCAUGAGGCAGCGAUCAAUGGACACUUGGACGUCUGUCGGCUACUGGUAAACUUCGGCUAUCUGGUGGACUGCCACACCACGAGAGGACGCACACCGCUUAUGUAUGCUGUGAAAGGCAACUUUGUGGAGUUAGCACGAUACUUUGUCAAAGAAGCAGGCGCCAAUGUGAACGAACAGAACGAGAUGGGGGUGACCGCAGUGUACAUUGCAUGUCAGGACGGACAGGAGGACAUGGUGAAGUUCCUUGUCCAAGAAGCGCAAGCGGAUGUGAAUUUGUGCAAUCGAACCAACCACGCACCUCUUCAUGAAGCAGUUGCUGGAGGGUUUACGGCCGUGGUGGACUUCUUGUUGCGCAACGGAGCAGACAAAUACGUCGUGGAUAAAAUGGGAGUCACGGUGUGGCACGAGGCUGCUGGAAACGGGUCUGUGGACAUGCUGGAGCUGCUAGUCCGGCAUGACGUAUCACUCCACCCGAACGGCCAAGAACAAGUAGAUAAGGUGAUGGCUCGACAUCCGUUCCACUAUGCGGCGGUGGAGGGUAAGGCAGACUUUGUGCAAGCACUUUUGAAAAAAGAGCUUGUUGACGUCAACUUCGUGGAUAGUGAUGGCUGCACUGCCCUCUACUAUGUUGCAGCGAACGGCCAUGUGGCUGUCAUGCAAGUGCUCCUGAGUUUUAGUGGUGACCCAAACGUUGUCUCCAUCCGUCGAUCGCCUUUACAUUGCGCAGUCGAAUGGCAUCGUGCUGAGUGCGUGAAGCUACUGCUUCAGUAUGGAGCACUAUUGGAUAUGACGGACAAAGACGGUCUAACGCCUGCCAAGAUGGCAGAGGAAAAAGGCUUUUUCGACUUAGUUGCGCUACUCAAAGUCGGAAGGGAAACGGCUCCGUAA